UUUUUUUUUUUUAAACAAACAGGAUUGGUUUUUGUGACACUUAAACCUCAAGUUUUGCCUAUUUUAUGACUAGGUCUGAUACAGUCAGCAUCAUAUUGUGUGUUAAUUGGCCUGGCUUGUGAAUGGCCCCAAAACCCCAGCCUUCCUUGAGGGAGACUCUGUUUGCAAAGGCCCAUGCCGCAGGCAGCGGAGUACCUGGGAGGUGUUGAGCAUUGACAUCACUGGGAGCUAAAAAACAGACCUAGGUGUGCUGGAGGGGGGCCUGUUUUGCUGUGCAUAUUCUGCAACAGUUCGUCUUUGUGGCAAAAGUUUUAGGCAGAGAGACUGAAGCAGGCGUUAUUCUUAUAUAACAUCAUCUCGCUCUGCCUUUUGCUUUACUACUUCUAAAGCUUUGCGGUGUCUUAUGGCUUGGUUAGUGCAAACUUCAGUCUGUUGUGGUUUUUCCAAAAGAAAGCGAACGUAUCGCUCAGUUAAACACUAGUGCUUGGCCCGGGUCCUGCUGCAAAAAUCAUGUUUGGUGCACAUUGAAGGUGCCUAAUGUCAACUUUAUGAAUUAGCUCCUCGUCCUCAUGUGCCUGUGCUGCAAUUAUUGAGACGGUCAAAUUGUCAGUGACUGUGGGUGGCUAUUUCCCCCCCCUCCCCCAACCUUCCUCUGCAGUGUGUGGAUGCAGGUGACCUGCCAAGAUUAUCAGGGUCUAUUUCACUUACUCAUUUCCCCGCCAUUUACGGCGACUUUGGGCAUCAGUGCAUCUUGGUCCUUCCUAUUCUCUGCCUGUGGCACAAAAUCGAGGUUCCAGAGGGCUGUAAUAGUUGGUUUCCUUUUGGUUGCUGGGUGGCGGUGGCUUGUGAUAUACAGGAAAUGAGACUGAACUCUAAGACCCUGUGACAAGCUCUCUCCUUGACUGCAGAGCUGGUGUUCAGAGCCCUACAGUCAGCUCCUCAAGGUUCGGAGGGUGCUUUUUGUUACUGGGGGGGUUGGACUAGAUACCCGGUAACCUGUUCAGACAAAUGAAAAAUACUUAGUUGCAAGAUUGUGCAGUGUGCAUUAACUCUGACAGGCAGGGUUGGGAGCUGGUGAUGGUGAAGUAUUUCAGCCCUUUACUGUUGCCGGUAGCAGGUUUACCAGUGGACUCACUUCUUCCACCCACUGAAGGAGAGGUAAGAAUUUUCCAUUUUAUUCUCUCCCUUCAUACAUAGCGGGUUGGUUCCUACUCACUUUCUUUGGCUGCACACGGGUGAGUCAGGAGCUGCAUUCUUAGCACUAACAGUGCCACUGGCAGUUCCCAGGAGCCCCGGAAAAUGCCACACAAUCCCUUUCACACAGUCGGGAAGGUGAACGUCGGUAUCUCAGUAGGGGCAGUGCCGACUGAUGUUAUACAACGGCUUCGUGCAUCUGCUUGUGGAGCACUGGACUCACCCUGUCGUUACCAUAGAGACUGGACGUAUUGCAGAACAGUUAAGGGACCAGCUUUCAUGUUGCUUUGGACUCACCUGGGUAUCUGAGCUCCACAUAGAUACAGACACACAGGAAAUUGGACACGAUCAAUCACAUUUAGGCAGCUGUUUCCCUGGAAAGGCGUUAACCAGUGGCCUAACCCUUGCCGCAUCAUUGCCAUUUCUCCUUACCAGGAAAAGCAUUCGUUAAAAUACAAAUAAAAUCACAAGUGAAAUGGAUCGGAUUUAGGCUCAGGCUAAAGUCAAGUACUGGCCCAUGAUUUGGAAGCAUCAGCUAAGGGGGAGGCCUAGGGCUGCGUAGUAGCUCAGGUGCCUGUCGCAGUUGUGAAUGAACAUGGGACUGUGCCUUUCACUUGCUGGCAAAACUGAAACUCAUCUCACUGUAGUUUCACGUGACAUGCUGGGCAUGAUGUGAAAUGUUCUGUUCACCUACCGGCCGAGUCCGAGUAUGAACUGGAACUCUUGGCCGACCUCUGCACUUCCUGUGGUUUCUCGCUGCAGAGCAAGGUGGGAGGGUUUUGCCAUAUGCUUUGCAAGGUGACUUCAUUGUGGUGCUACACUGUCGACAGGCGAGCUCAGCAUCAAGCCUCUGCUUUGUGAAGCAUCUUCAGAGGAUCCAGCGUGUUCGUUGCAUUUUUCGCGUGAGAUAGUGGCCUGGGGCUGGUGGGUUUACCGAGCGUAGAAGCUUUAGCUGCAUUUUAACCAGAGCUGGCUGAUGUAACACCACACCUCGAGUUCUCACCCCAGGACAGAGAGCUCCUGCAGCUUUGGAAAAAAGAGGAUAAUCUAGGCUCUCCCCACAGAACUUGUUCUCCUGCAGCAGAAAGCAUGGCAAACACUUCCUGUACCAUGGCCAGGGGACACUCGAAUGCAACCAUAGUUGAUUGUUGUGUGGAAGCAGACUUCCAGUACCAUCUCUUCACUAUCAUCUACAGCACUGUCUUUGUACUGGGACUGCUAGAAAAUGUCUUGGCUCUUUACCUUUUGACCUGCAAGGUCAAGCACACCUCGCAUUCCUACAUCUACCUCAUCAACUUGGCUGUAGCAGAUACCUUGUUUGUUUGUAUAUUGCCCUUUAAAAUCCAUUACCACCUGAACCAGAACGAUUGGAUCUUUGGAGACAUGGCUUGUAGGAUCACUGGGGCCUUGUACUACAUCAACAUCUACGUCAGCAUUGCCUUCUUCACCUGCAUUUGCAUGGAUCGUUACGUGGCCGUGCUGCACCCCUUCACCUACAUCCGGAUCAAAGUCACCCACUACAGGAUAGUGGUCACCGUCUUUUGGCUCGUUGCUGCAAGCAUCAUGAUCCCGCUUAUCCUUGGGGGGCCCCUUCACAACAAGGGCACAGAGAACAAGACCGCAUGCUUUGAGAACUUCUCGCUGACUAGCUGGACCCAUCGCAUGAUGCCCUACAAUGUCUGUGCCUUGCUGUUUGGCUUUGUCAUCCCGUUUGCCAUCAUCCUCAUCAGCUACCCUCUCAUCGCCAAGAGGAUCGCCCACACCAGACGCAGCAUUCACAAGAAGAAGGCCUUGAGGACCAUCUACCUGAUCCUGCUCAUCUCCAUCCUGUGCUUCCUUCCUUAUCAUCUCACUCACCUACUCCACUUCCUGAUGAGGGUCCAACUCAUCCAAAGUUGCCUGUUUACCAACUUAAUUUACAAAAUGCGCCGGGUCACUUUGGCCCUGGUCAGUUUCAACUGCUGCCUGAACCCCAUCCUAUACUACUUCACAUCUUCCAGCAAGCCAUGGCAUCUCGGCCUCAAGUUCAGAUCCAAAACCAAGGUUUAUACCAUUUGUGACAGAAAAUUCAAUGACUAUCCUUAUAAAAGCAAGCCAACAACAAGACCACCAACACAGCAAUUGAAUGAAUUGCCUUUUUUAAAACAAGGUCAAUAAGUGAUUCACCCAUAGGUUACGGGUUCAAAUCCACCCGAACUUGGAGGAGGAGGAGGAUUCAGGUGAGAUCAGGUGCUGUAUACACAUACUCUUUAGGGCAGGGACUAUGAAUUGAAUUUGUUGGUGGUGUCAGUCCACUUCCUAGGAAACUAGAGUCUGUUACGACCCUCGCCCCCUCCAAAAGUCUGUUAAUUGGCAAGCGUUGGCACAGCAGACUACAUGAAGAUAAAAGACAACACAUUAGCAGAGAUGCCUGUGUUGUGUAUAAAUAGGACUUUAGUUGGGAUCAACAGCUCUGAAAACUGAAGAGUGUCAAGAAUGUAUGGCAAUAUUUCCACUUCAGUGUUACUUAUUAAGCAAUACAAAAAAAAAAAAUCCUUUGUUUGGAAAGUGGUGACAUUAUAGGCUGAUUUCCAAAGUAAACGGAGCAGCUGGCUUUCUGCUAUUUAAAAUCUCUUUGUAGAAUAAGAACAAUUUCAGUCUGUGUAUAGUAUGAAAUAUGAUUUAUUGAUAGUUGACAAAUGAUAUAUGAAUUAUCCAAACUAAUGGACCUGCACCAGUACGGUUUGGUAUACCGACUACUUGACAGUCAUUUCAUCAUCUGCAUCCUUUAACUGCUAUUGAGACAGACUGGUCAAGACUAGCACAAAGGACUGGGACUCAGAGGGCUAGGUUCUAAUCCAGUUGCUUUGCAGGACAUUGAAUAUCUGCCCAUCUAUAAAAUGGGAAUAGCCAAGUACCUCGGUGUUGUCCCUUUCUUUGCUGAACACUGUGAAAGUUAGCUUUGCUUUAUAUCUGAGUGAUGUUCUGCCUAUUGUUCACAGCCAUGUGUGCAUAUGCGGUAAUGGAUAAGUAACUGCUUAAAUAUUGUGCUUAGUUUUAAUCCCUCAGGCCUACUUUUAAGUUCUAACUCCCUAUCAGUGUUCUGUACUGUUAAAGUUGACAGCUGACCUUACGUUCAAUGCAGAAGCAACAAAAUAAUUGAAUCAUUUUGUUCACAAGCUUCAAAAGGUGGCUGAGUGAAUUAAAACGCUGUUAAGA